AAUUUUGUCCGACAUCACUGGGUGCACAGACGGAGACAGGAGGGGAAAUGUAAGCAGUGUGGAAAGGGCUUUCAGCAGAAGUUCUCCUUCCAUAGUAAAGAGAUUGUGGCCAUCAGUUGUUCCUGGUGCAAGCUGGCGUUUCAUAACAAAGUCACCUGCUUCAUGCUACACCACAUCGAGGAGCCGUGUUCCCUGGGGGCUCACGCAGCUGUCAUUGUGCCUCCCACCUGGAUCAUUAAGGUGAAGAAACCUCAGAACUCAUUAAAGACUUCAACGCGACGAAAGAAGAGAACAUCUUUUAAAAGAAAAGCCAGCAAAAGAGGCAAUGAAGAUAACAAAGGUCGGCCAUUUGUGAUAAAGCCUAUCUCCUCUCCACUCAUGAAACCAUUGCUGGUUUUUGUCAAUCCAAAAAGUGGAGGGAACCAGGGCACCAAGAUUCUCCAAACGUUUAUGUGGUAUUUGAAUCCACGCCAAGUAUUUGAUCUCUCUCAGGAAGGGCCAAAAGAUGCGCUGGAGCUGUACAGAAAAGUGCCAAACCUGCGGAUCCUGGCCUGUGGUGGGGAUGGGACGGUUGGGUGGAUCCUCUCCAUCCUAGAUGAACUGCAGCUCAACCCCCAGCCUCCUGUGGCUGUCCUUCCACUUGGCACUGGGAAUGACCUUGCCCGCACCCUCAACUGGGGUGGGGGUUACACGGAUGAGCCAGUGUCCAAGAUCCUGUGCCAUGUAGAAGAUGGAACCAUUGUCCAGCUGGACCGGUGGAAUCUCCAGGUUGAGCGCAACCCAGAUUUGCCACAGGAUGAGCUGGAGGAUGGGGCUCGUAAGCUUCCACUCAGUGUCUUCAAUAAUUACUUCAGCCUUGGGUUUGAUGCACAUGUUACACUGGAGUUCCAUGAAUCCAGAGAAGCGAAUCCAGAGAAAUUCAAUAGCCGAUUUAGAAAUAAAAUGUUUUAUGCAGGGGCAGCCUUUUCAGACUUUCUGCAAAGAAGCUCAAGAGAUUUAUCCAAGCACGUUAAAGUUGUGUGUGAUGGUACAGACCUGACUCCAAAGAUCCAGGAGCUGAAGUUCCAGUGUAUAGUGUUUUUAAAUAUUCCCAGGUAUUGUGCUGGCACAAUGCCCUGGGGAAACCCUGGAGAUCACAGAGACUUCGAGCCUCAGCGGCAUGAUGAUGGCUACAUUGAAGUCAUUGGGUUCACGAUGGCCUCACUGGCUGCUCUCCAAGUGGGUGGUCACGGAGAGAGGCUGCAUCAGUGCCGUGAGGUGACGCUUUUAACAUACAAGUCAAUCCCCAUGCAAGUGGAUGGUGAACCUUGUCGUUUGGCUCCCUCGCUCAUUCGGAUCUCAUUAAGGAACCAAGCCAACAUGGUGCAGAAAAGCAAGAGGAGAACAUCCAUGCCUCUGCUGAAUGAUCCUCAUUCCAUCCCAGAUCGCCUGCGGAUCAGAGUGAACCGGAUUAAUUUGCAAGAAUAUGAGGGGCUACUUUAUGACAAGGAAAAACUGCGUGAAGCUUCUACCCCCUUAGGAAUUAUAGUUGUACGAGGAGAUUGUGACUUGGAGACCUGUCGGAUGUACAUUGACCGUCUUCAAGAGGACCUACAGUCGGUAUCUUCUACUACACAGAGAGUUCACUACCAGGACCAAGAAAGCUCUUUCCCAAGAGUGCUUUCUGUUCAGAGGCUCUCUCCUAGAUGGUGCUUCCUAGAUGCAACUUCUGCUGAUCGUUUUUACCGCAUUGACAGAUCUCAGGAACAUUUGCACUUUGUGACGGAAAUUUCGCAGGACGAGAUUUUUAUUCUGGACCCAGAGCUGGUAAUGUCACAGCAGGGCGGGACGCCACCCGGAAUGCCUGAUCUGGUAGUGGAGCAGGCCUCUGGAAUAUCAGAUCGGUGGAACCCUGCGGUUCGAAAGAGGAUGCUGAGCGACAGUGGCCUUGGCAAGAUUUCCCCGCACUACGAGGUACCCGACAAACAAAAGGACGCCAGCCAGACCCAUAUGCUGCAGUCACCAGUCUCUUCAGAAGAUCAAGCACUUUUACAGGCAGUCAUAGCUGGUGAUCUGCUGAAGUUCAUAGAAUGCUGUAAAAAAGGAGCCAAUUUGUUAAUCCAAGGACCCGACCAUGGCUCCUUGCUGCACCACGCUGCCAAGACUGGGCACGGCGAGAUUGUGAAAUAUAUCCUGGAGCAUGGUCCAUCUGAAUUGCUGGACAUGACAGACAGCGAAACGGGUGAGACGGCGUUACAUAAGGCGGCCUGCCAGCGCCAUCGUGCUAUCUGCCAGCUCCUGGUGGAUGCGGGAGCCUCACUGAGAAAGACAGACUCCAAGGGUAAGACCCCUCGUGACAGGGCUCAGCAAGCUGGUGACCCAGAUCUGGCCUCCUACCUGGAGAGUCGACAGAACUACCAAAUGGUUCCCCAUGAGGAUCUGGAGACAGCAGUCUGA